AUUUACGCAAUUUAUAGGUUUUAAUAUACAUAGGGGCUUGUCGUUCAUUUUGUUGAUGAAAAUAAUAUAUAGUGAGCUUUCAAAAAUUACCAAUUAUUUAUUGUGUUUAUAAUCAAAUAGCAAAAUGGAGGAAGAAACCUGUGCAAUAAAAAGUCUGCCGAACGAAAUAAUAACAUUGGUAUUAGAUAGAAAUGAUAUCCGCGAUAUUCUACGGUUCGGUGCAACUUGCAAGCGAUUCCACGACUUCGUCAGGAGUAAUCAAUACUUAUGGAAAGAUAUGACUAAACGAACGUUGCCAGAGCCCCUAUUUAAGAUACUUGAAGAAUAUACUGAAGGAGAUUGGUUGGUUGAACUGCAAGGGUAUCACACAGUGAAGAAGCAGGUGUAUUUGGAGCUUAUUGCAAUGUCACCACAGUUUUAUGGGCGGGAUAAUGAUAUUAACAUUCAGGAUGUGAGACCCUUCUUUAAAGCAGCCCUGGUAAACAGAUUCAGCUUAAAUUUUUCAAUAUACAUUCUCCAAGAUGUAAUCAGAAAAGGCAAUAUUAUGAUCAAUAAUAUUUGCAAGACAGUCAAGAAGCCCUUCACCUUGACGGAAAUGCACUAUGCGAAGAUUGUUCUGAGGCAUUUAAUUCACACAUUUCUAUCUCUAAAGUGGGUGAGGGCUCAUGUGAACAAUGAACUGUCAACCGAGGCUGUCUGUAACUUCUUCAUUCAGUGGGUUGACACUCUGCACAUACACCCUGAUGAAAAUAUCCAAAUAAGGAUAAAUGACUUGGUUGAGAAAGUAAAAAUAAUUUUGCGUGAAGAUGAAAUUAAAAAGGCAGCCGUAGAAGACGACGUGGAGAAGCAACGAAUUACCGAAAGAGAUAUAUUAUCGGCAGUUACGCAAGUGGUUUAUCAUGACAGGCAUAUGGCUAUUACCACUGCAGCUAAUUUGGACACCCUGGAUAUUGUCAAGGUCCUGGACAAUAAAUGUGGUAAUGUGCUAGUGGUUACUGCAAUCUACCAGGCGGUCGCCAAGAAAUGUGGCGUGAACUGCGAGCUCAUCGCGUUCCCCAACCACCUGUUUUUGGAGUGGCGCGAUAACUCCGAUCCCAAAAACCCGCAGGUGUUCACAGUGGAGCCUUCCAGCGGGGAGCUGAAUCGCCGCCGCCGCUGCCCGUUCUCGCAAAACGGGCCGACGACAAACUAUAGAUAUUGCCCGGAUUCCCUCCUUCAGUACAUUUGCUCGUCGUUUCACAUGAGCAUGGGAGCUAUUCGUAAUUGGAAUACACUCAAUGCUUUGCACCUAUUGGAUUUCUUGGGAUCGAAUCGGAGUACACACAGUUCAUACAAGAAUUUCCUGCCAUAUUUACUUGACCCAACCCAUAUGUCAGCGAUGACCUCUUCUCUCAACAUGAAGCACUUGAGCACUCCUCAUAUCGAAAUAAUUAGAGCGCUCUCCAGGAAUGAAGUGCCCGUCGAUUGCUACAAGAAGCGAUUCUGUAUAAGACAUCGUACGAGUAACGUGAAGUACGCCGUGGGUAUGACGUGCUACCACACCAGAUACGACUACGUGUGCAUAAUUCGCAGCUGGGACCUGCACUGUGCGCUCAAGUGGCAGAGCCAGAUGACGGCCGAGAGCCUGUACUUUGGAGUGAUGCAGCCGUUCUACAACGUCGUCGCGGCGGACCAGUCGGAGCGUUAUGUGCCCCAAGAGUUUCUUAAGGAAUUAGAUCGGCCCAACCGUCUCUACCACCUCGAGGAAGUGAUAGCGACGGAGUUCACCCAUUUCGACGGUUUCGCGUACGUCCCGAACGACGAGAAACGGGCUGAGUUCCCGGACGACGAACCCGUCGUGAACGUGUACCGCGAGCGAGCCGAGCUCCUCAACUAAACCGUGCCGUGACCGCAACAUGGUGGUAGCAUGAUACAACGAUUACAACGCCCAUUGAUUGGUACGGGAUUCUCGUGACUGUUGCCUUAAAAUCAGGUUGACCGUGCUAAUAAUCAAGUUAACCUCGUGAGUCUAAAUGUACAUUAACAUGUACAUAUUCAUUGCAAUCUAAUUUGAACCUUUCAUGAAACAAAUAAAGUAGCAUUUCUUUUGUUUCACUGCGUUGUAAAACAAACUAAAUUCGUUCCAAUUUACUUAUAGAACAAGGUUCAAAUUAAAAAUUGAACAACUUUAUAUGGUGGGUCUUACGAGGUUAAAAACGCAGAUGGCGCUACUGGGGUGGAGGUCUUUUGGCAGAUUAGAUAUCAGCUAACUUUUGAUCGAAUGCCCCUAAGAUAUUUCUGGGUGGUUUCAAAUGAAGCGUACCCUGUUAUCACAAUGGCGCACGGUAUGAUAGCGGCAAAGAAAAACCAAGCAGUACGCACCUGUAGACCUUUUUGAGAGCGCCCUUUAUAGUGAGCCAUUGGAAGUUUUUAAACUAGACUUAAUGGAGGCGUGCCGACAAAAGGUAGAUUUAGCAUAUAAAUAGCAAAUUGCCAGGAAUCGGACAGCACAAUCGGAUUAGGUCUCACCUCGAAAUCCUUCCAAACUUAUGAAAUUUGGUAUGUGGGGCAUUUCACGUCAAGCGGGCAGCAAAAAAAUUGUCAGGUUCUGGAUUUUGCUCAUAGUUGGAUUAAUUGGACCUAUAUGUGAACUAAAAAAAUUGGCAUCAUUACUUUUUUAAUAUAAUGCUUCGUUAAAAAUUUAUACGCAUUUAAAAAAACUACAAAAUUUGAGGAACGGAUUUUUUAAAAAUUAUUAUU